CACACGGGCUCUCAAGGUGUUCUCCGCACAGCAGAAGAUGGCGACAGACUGAGGGGGCAUGGCCAGCGGGAGCCACGGGGCCAUGCCUUUGGGCGGCCGCCACAGCGGUGCGAAGCAGAGGCGGAAGCGAGAGGCGCACUAAGUAAAGCCGGGCGUCCGCGUCCGGCGUCUGUGGCGCUGCGGGGAGCCAGGUGGCCCGCCCGAGCCGGAACUCCGGGAGCCGCCGGUGCGGAGCCAGAGAGCAGCCGGCCCGGGACCGGCCCCGGCGGACUGCCAGAGCGCGAGGGAAGCCCGAAGGGCCGGCGGCGGACCGGCCGGCCGGCCUAGGAGGGCACGAGCAAGGCGGGGAGCCGCACGGAGCGGGCAGCGGGCAGCGGGCAGACGGGCGGGAGAGGAGCGGCGCGGGCGAGGGGAGCGGAGCGGAGCGCGGCGGGGCCCGCACGGCGGCGCUGAGGGGCGCAGAGCCGCGCAGAGCUGAGACGGACGGCAGGAGCGGAGUGCGAGCCGGGGGGCCGGGGGCGCAGAGUGGAGUGGCGCCGAGCCCGGGGCAGCGGAGGGGCCCGACACUAUGAGGAGUGCGGCGCCGCCGCAGCAGCCGCCACCGCCCCAGUGCCCCGCACCGCCCCCCGCCGGGACGCCGGGCUGCGCCUAGCGGACCGGGCGGCGGCGCCCCGGCUGCCAGCAGGGAAGCGCGGGAGGGGCGCGGGGACGGCCGGAGAGCGCCCCACCACUCCGGCCUGAGCGGGGCCCCCAGCCGGCCAGCCUGCCUAGCCAUGCGGCCCCCGAGGUAGAGCCUGGACGGCGCCGAGGAGCGCGGUGCGGUGCGCAGCCCGCCCUCCCGAGACAGCCGUCCGGCCUCGCGCCUGCCUACUCCCUCCAGCCCGGACCCCCCUGAAAUAUGUUCAGGGGCGCUUGGAUGUGGCCCGGGAAAGACGCCGCCGCGCUGACUAUUUGCUGCUGCUGCUGCUGCUGGGCUCCCAGGCAGAGCGACAAACCUUGCGCCGAUUCGGAGCGGGCGCAGCGAUGGCGACUGUCCCUGGCGUCCCUGCUCUUCUUCACCGUGCUGCUCGCUGACCAUCUGUGGCUGUGCGCGGGGGCCCGGCCCCGGGCCAGGGAGCUGAGCAGCGCCAUGCGGCCGCCCUGGGGGGCCGGCCGCGAGCGGCAGCCGGUGCCUCCUCGCGCGGUGCUGCCGCUGCCGCCACCGUCGCCCGGCGAGCCCAGAGCGUCCUCGGGCACCUGCGGCCCGCGAUACAGCAACCUGACCAAAGCCGCCCCUGCAGCCGGCUCCGGGCCGGUCUGCGACGGCGUCCCAGAGCCCACCGGGCUGGACGCAGCUUGCACCAAAUUGGAAUCUUUGCAGAGACUUUUCGAACCGACCACCCCGGCGCCCCCUCUGCGGCCCCCUGAUUCCCCUUCCCGUGCCCCGGAGUUCCCCUCCGCCAAAAAAAACUUGCUCAAAGGCCACUUUCGGAACUUCACUCUCUCCUUUUGCGACACCUACACUGUCUGGGACUUGCUGCUCGGCAUGGACCGCCCCGACAGCCUGGACUGCAGUCUGGACACCCUGCUGGGGGAUCUACUGGCCGUCAUGGCCAGCCCGGGCUCCGGGACCUGGGAGGUAUGUAGCAACUGCAUAGAAGCAUACCAGCGACUGGAUCGACAUGCUCAGGAAAAAUAUGACGAGUUCGACCUCGUGCUGCAUAAAUACUUACAGGCAGAAGAGUACUCUAUCCGGUCCUGCACGAAAGGCUGCAAGGCUGUCUACAAGGCCUGGCUGUGUUCAGAAUACUUCAGUGUGACCCAGCAGGAAUGCCAGCACUGGGUGCCCUGCAAGCAAUACUGCCUGGAGGUGCAGACCCGGUGCCCAUUUAUGCUCCCUGACAAUGAAGAAAUGGUGUAUGGAGGCCUCCCUGGUUUUAUCUGUACAGGGUUGAUGGAUACUUCACCAAAGCGGCCAGAAACCAAGUGCUGUGACGUGCCGUGGGUCUCCUGUGAGUCGGAGAAGAAGAAGUUCAAGGACUCUGAGCCCCCUAAAACCCACCACCAGCAAUUCCACCACUCCUAUUUUCACCACUACCACCAUCAGUACCACCACUACCAUCCUCGCCAUGAACCCCCAAGCCGUGUCAGCAACAAGCCCUCCCUGCUGCCAGUCUCUGGGGGCUCCCGCCUCAGUCCCAGCAGGAUCCGGCUCUGUGUCCUUGUUCUUAUACUCCUCCAUACCGUAGUGUCCUUCUCCAGCAGCCAGGGUGGUGGGGGACUUGGGCUGGAGACACUGCCUGCCCUAGAGGAGGGGCUGACACAGGAAGAGUGACCAGAGGGAGGGAGGACAAACCUCCACCACAUACUGACAGCAGCUCCAGCCUAGCUCCAGGCUGGGGGAAGGAAGCCCCUCCCACAGGAGGUGUAGGAUCAGGUGGGGGUGGGGGAGAAACGGGGGACCAGAUAUUGUCCCCAAUUUACCCCUGCCCUAAAAGCAGCUCCAACAAAAUGGCCAGAAGGCCCCCAAGGAGCUGUAAAACUCACCCAGGAGAAAAAGGUAGGAGCAUCAGGUGUCCCCUCCCAAGACCCACCUAUGGGGCUUAAUUAUAAAAAGGGGGAGGGGCUGGAGUUGCCCACUCCUGCCAAGAGCCCUGACCCCAGGGAAGGAGGCUGCUUACCCAGCCUCAGCCCUGCAGGGAAUGUUGGGGGGCACAGAGGGGAGUAGUUCUCCCCCCUCCACAUUCCUUCCUUUGCCAAGAUCCUUAAUUCCCUCCUGCCCAUAUCCCUACAGGUGACGGCAGACAGUGUGGUUGCCCUCCUGACGCAUCAGCACCCUGAGUGUAGGGCCGGCACAGGAUGAGGCACACAGUGUGACAGCUAGGAAGGUGCCCCAGUUAGGCUGCCCCAACCACCCUAGGCAAUGAGGGAUUGGAACUGGAUAUGGAAUGAGUGGUAAAAGAGAAGAUAGGGAAGGGAAGAAGAAGAAGAAGAAGCAGAAGAAGAAGAAGAAGAAGAAGAAGAAGAAGAAGAAGAAGAAGAAGAAGAAGAAGAAGAAGAAGAAGAAGAAGAAGAAGAAGAAGAAGAAGAAAGGGGAGAGGUGGACAGAAAGCCUGAAGAGAUGGCUAUACCAAUGAUACCUGGCUUUUGGGAGGUGGGUGAUUAGUGUUGAGGCAGGUUUAAGAGCAGCCCCCCAAAUCAGAAGGACGUGCAUAAAGAGAUCCCUGGGAAAGAGCCCAGGAGCCAACACCCAGAAGGUUGAGGGCACAUGGUCGGACUGCCGCUGUCUGGAGGGCCAUAUCUUACAGAAGGUGCACACACUCCCUAGGGCUGCUCUGCCCUGGAAAUCUUGGCCUUGUGGCCACAGACCUUUCAUUUCCAAUCCCCACAGGGAGGAGGGACUUGAGCCCAAGUGCGUCAGGCCUGGCCUGGGUCCCUACACUCCCCCAUCUUAUCCUAGCCCAGGCCUCCAUGAAGGAGAACUGGUGGUGUUGCCCCAGAGCUCUCCAGAGAUGAGCCUCCCCUACCCCAAGCCCAUCCUGUGUCCAUCCCCAGCCUACCAAAGAGUAUUCAUCCCUUCCCAUCCCGACCUUGUGGCCUAUUGUCCCACUGAGGGACAGCUAGACUCCUCCUCACCCUUUAGCAGUUCCCUUUCUCUAGCCUCCCCUUGCCCUUGCUGGACAAAGUUCAGAGACUGGCAAGUGGACUCUGACUGGAGAUCAAGUGCUGCUGCUAACCCUUGCCUGAGGAACUUGUUUAGUCAGGCUAGAGGGAUGAGUGAGAGAUGAGGUUUGGGAGCCUUUGGCCUUGUUUGCACUGACCUGCUGGAAGAAAAGGAAGGCCACAUUGCCUGGGCUUCUGAAAGCUGACAAGAACAGGAGCCAGAUUCUUUGUGGGACAGGCCAAGGGCUUUCAGAGACCAAAAGGAUACAUACAGGAGGAUCGUCCUGGAGCAGCAUUACAGAGAAACAGGAGGGGAGGGGAAGGAGGAGCUGUACCUUGCCAGCUUUGUGAUGGAUGGAAGCCCUCCCUAGCAGACAAGGGUUCCUUCAUUCAGGGGCCAUUGUUGGAUCCCAAAUCAGCUUCUUGAGCCUAUGGAGCCCUUCUCUGCCAGUUUACUCAUAUCUCACAGCCUGUCCUCUGCCUGGACCCUGUGUCCUCCAUCUUUCGGCCCUCAGCACUUCGGGCCUGGCCACACACCCCAUCCCUGGAGUGCUCUUUUCAGCUGGGGAGGGUAAGAGGUGCUGGAUCCUUCCCAGAUGUGCUUAUGUGUAAGUGAAAGGCAGGGUCUUGGGCUCCAUAGAGAUCCCAGUACUGCCUUCUGACUCCUGCAUCCUCAGGAGGGGAUAAAGGACUGGGAAGCAAAGGGGGACAAUAUGGUCCCAGGGAAUGGAUCCUUGGAGACUCCCAUCCUCUCUUCCCCCUCACCAAGUGCCCAGGAGACCCCUGGCUCAGACCAGCCCAAGGCCUUGCCCAGUGGCAGGGGAAAGGGGCACCACACUCCACCUCACAGUCAUUUGACUGUCCCCAUUGACCCAACCCCCUAAUCCUCCACCUCCCCAGCUGCCCCUGCCCUCCAUCACAGGCAGCAGAGCUGGGCAGCUUUCUUAUGCCAUUUUCUACACUGUGCUUCAUGAGUAGUACUUUCUUGCACUAGUUCCUAUGACUGAGUCUCCAAGCUGGUCCCCUAGUAGUCUCCCAUCCCUUCCUCCUUUCCCCGGCUAUGGUUCAGUUGUCUCUGCCUUCCUCUUUCCCUGCCUCUGUGUUUCAGUGAGAGUGUGUGUAUGUGUACUGCUUUCUGUUUUGUUGCACUGUGGGGCAGAGACCUCUCUGCUCUUGUUUAACCCCUUAAAUAAAUGGUAAGACUUGAUAA